CUUGAGUUUGUUCUGGCUAGCAAAUUAGCAGUUCAGAAUUCAGAUGACAAUGGAGGCCUUGAAGGUUUGGUCGUCACGGCCUCUGAGACACCUCUUCCAUUUAGCUGCCUCUCCUCCUCCUACUUCUAAAUCAUAUCUCCCCGUUACUUUAGUCCGCUGUUGUUCUUCCUCCACUUCCGCCGCCGCCGCCGCCGCCGCGCCAAAACAAGGCGGCAGGGGUAGGAGAUCUUCCGCCGCUUCCACUACAACCUCAACCUCCGAUAGAGACGCCAUUCGCGCAAUCCGUCUCAAAAAGGUGGAAGAGUUGAGGAGCAAGGGCUACGAACCCUAUGCAUACAAGUGGGACAGAACCCAUACUGCUAAUCAAUUGCAAGAGAUUUAUAAGCAUCUAGGCAAUGGCGAAGAGUCCAACACUGAGAAUGAUCAAGUAUCAAUAUCAGGAAGAAUUGUGGCACGUAGGGCUUUUGGAAAACUCGCUUUCUUGACUUUAAGGGAUGAUUCUGGAACAAUUCAGCUUUACUGUGAGAAGGAAAGGCUUGCAAACGAUCAAUUUGAUCAAUUGAAGUCCCUUGUUGAUAUAGGCGACAUAUUGGGUGCAAGAGGCUCAAUUAAACGUACAGAGAAAGGGGAGCUCUCUCUCUGUGUAAAUUCGUUCUUGAUUCUUACAAAGUCUUUGCUUCCAUUACCAGACAAGUUUCAUGGUCUGCAAGAUAAGGAUAAACGUUAUCGGCAACGAUAUGUAGAUAUGAUUGCAAAUCCAGAGGUAGCUGAUGUAUUCCGUAAUAGAGCAAAGAUUGUUUCAAUUAUACGCCAGACAGUUGAAUUAAUGGGAUUUAUUUCAGUUGACACUCCCGUUUUACAGGAAGCAGCUGGAGGGGCAGAAGCUAGGCCAUUUAUUACACACCAUAACUCUCUUGGUAGAGAUCUUUAUCUCAGAAUUGCUACUGAACUCCAUUUGAAGAGAAUGUUGGUUGGGGGAUUAGAAAAAGUAUACGAAAUCGGCCGAAUAUUCAGAAACGAAGGCCUUUCAACUCGUCAUAAUCCAGAAUUCACAACAAUAGAGAUAUAUGAAGCAUACUCAGACUACGAAAGCAUGAUGAACAUGGCAGAAGAAAUUGUAACUCAAUGUGCUCUUUCACUUCAUGGGAAGCUUACUCUUGAUUAUCAGGGUGUAGAAAUUAACCUUGAAAGACCAUGGAGAAGAGAAACAAUGCAUAAUUUAGUCAAAGAAGCCACAGGAGUUGACUUUAUUAAAUUAGGAAAUGAUCUUAAUGCUGUUAAAGAAGCGGUUAUUAGUGCACUCGAUCUGGGCCCACGUAAUCCAGACAGACAUUCAAUUGAAGCUUGCUCUUCUGUGGGCCAUGUGCUUAAUGAGGUUUUUGAAAUGGUAGUAGAAGCAACAUUAGUACAGCCUACAUUUGUUCUGGAUUAUCCUGUUGAAAUUUCUCCUUUGGCUAAGCCACAUCGGAGGGAUGCAGGUUUAACAGAGAGGUUUGAGCUUUUUGUUUGUGGUCGUGAGUUGGGAAAUGCGUUUUCUGAAUUAACUGAUCCUUUGGACCAGAGGCGACGUUUGGAGGAACAAGUGAAGCAACAUAAUAAGAAAAGAGAGGCUGCAGAAGGAAAGGAAAAAAAAGAUGAUAAUGAUGAUGACGUGUCUUAUGACGUGACUCUUGAUGAGGAUUUUUUAACAGCUUUGGAAUACGGAAUGCCUCCAGCUUCAGGAAUGGGAAUUGGGAUUGAUAGGCUGGUGAUGCUUCUCACAAAUUCGGCUAGCAUAAGAGAUGUUAUUGCUUUUCCUGUUCUUAAGCUUCAGCAAUAGAAAUAUUUUUUUUUUUUGUUCAUUUGAGAUUAUAUAUAAAAAAGUUAUUUUUUUUUUUUUUUGAAAAAGAUUAUUGGGACUUUUGAACAAGUGUGACACUAAAUUAGUUGUGAG